CAAAAUUUCAUAAAUUAGGUUAAGUUUGAAAAAAAAAGAGUUGGGUUUCAACAAACCAAACAAGCACAAUGGACAGCGAGUACAAACUAUCACAUAAGGCAAAAAAACGUAUAAAAGAAGUGAAACGAAAAGCUAGACCAGAAUUAGUAGAUAAACACCAAUGGACUGCCUUAAAAUAUGCAUCAAACUUUGAAGAAUUCCUAAAAUGUAAUGAUAAUGUAGAUAGAAUUGAUGCCAGCAUAACUUCACCUCAAGAAUUUAUAGAGAAAUAUGAAAAGAUUUAUAAGCCAGUAGUUAUCACAAAUGUUCAAACUCAAUGGCGUGCAAACCAUAAAUGGACACUUGAGAGACUUGCCAAAAAGUACAGGAACCAAAAAUUUAAAUGUGGUGAGGACAAUGAGGGUUAUAGUGUUAAGAUGAAAAUGAAGUAUUAUGCAGAGUAUAUAAGGACAACGACUGAUGAUAGUCCACUGUAUAUUUUUGAUAGUAGUUUUGGUGAGCAUCCAAGACGAAAAAAGCUCAUGGAUGAUUAUGAAGUACCCUUAUAUUUUAGAGACGACUUGUUUAAAUAUUGUGGAGAAGAGAGAAGACCUCCAUAUCGUUGGUUUGUGAUGGGCCCUCAAAGGUCUGGUACUGGAAUUCAUAUUGAUCCUUUGGGCACCAGUGCGUGGAAUGCACUAGUUUUUGGUCAUAAAAGAUGGUGCUUGUUCCCCACCAACACACCUAGGGAAUUGAUUAAGGUAACUGGUGCAAUGGGAGGUAAACAGAGGGAUGAAGCUAUUACAUGGUUUAAGUUAAUUUAUCCCAAAACCCAACAAGACUCAUGGCCAAAGGAAUAUGCUCCUGUGGAGAUACUCCAGAAGCCAGGUGAAACUGUCUUUGUUCCUGGUGGUUGGUGGCAUGUAGUGCUCAAUCUUGAUGAUACUGUGGCUGUCACACAAAACUUCUGCAGUCGCACCAAUUUCCCAGUUGUAUGGCACAAGACUGUCAGAGGCCGUCCUAAGUUGUCUAAGAAAUGGAUAAAGGUACUUGAAGCAAAGGAACCCGAGUUAUAUAAGAUAGCUAGUCGUAUGGAUCUUAGUCAGGGAACAGGAGUUGCUUCAGACAGCUCCUCAAACAGCAGUUCCUCCAGUAGUGAUAGUGACAGCUCGUCAUCUAGCUCCAGUGAAGAUGAUAGUGGUCAAGAGAGCAUCUCCGCUUCAAAAAAGAAAAGAAGAAGGAAAAUGUAAAAAUAUCCAUAGUUAAUAUAUUUUUUUAUCGACAAUAGAAAUCAGAUUCUAAAUAAAAAAGAAAUCAUAGAAUUAAGCAGGAUGUUUUGUAUUACUAGACGUAAUUAUUUAAUAUGCAAGUUUUUCUGUGGUAACUAAUGUGUUCUAUUAUAUGAAAAUAUUAUA